AUUUCUUUUCCUCUCAGUCCAUGACAAGCUUCUAAACGUUGUAAAGUGAGAGCUUUGUUGUAUUUAUACUUCCACGGGGACUCUUGACCCUCUCCGUCUUGACCUUGAGCAUAAAUUCGAACAAAUCCAUAGACCCAUGCCAAUUCUUACCAUACCGGGGUCGUGAUUCUAUCUACCUGGUUGAUUCAAUCCAAUAAGAGUCUUCUAUAGAAGAACUUGACUACUGUCUUCCAUGACGCUCUACAGGAAUAUCUUUGAUCGGUUGGAGGGGAUCAAACAUGGCCAGCGCAACGAAACAUGGGAAGACUAUUCGCUCGAUUACAUCAUGUACUGAAUGCCGGCGACGGAAGCAAAAGUGCAGCCGUGAAUGGCCUUGCGACCAAUGCCAAGCAAGGAGGUUAUCCCAUCUUUGUAAAUUUGCAUCAAGAGGAAAAUCAAAGACAACGAGGCGGCUAUCAAUUGACUCAAGAGUGUCAGACACCGUCGAAAUGAACAAUGUAGAUGUGAAACAAGUCCCUAAGAGUGACACCAUCAUUUCUGUGACAAAGAGUCAGGAUCUCCGGGCCUUAGGGUACCUUUCAGAUAGCUUGAGUGCCCUAAAAGAAAGCACCAGUAAUGCUGAUUCCCAUGUCAUCUCGCAGACACCACAUGGAAUUACAUCCGCCGAGAUGGAGGAUGCCCUACGGCUUAUCCCUCCGAAACCUUACACAGAUAUACUUGUGCAGCAUUUUCUGAAUGAGACGAACUACCAGUACUACAGUAUAUACCCCCCAACAUUCUCCCAUGAUUACUCUACAUGGUGGCUGGGCAAGGUAAAGGGGCAGCCACUGACUGUUGAGUUUACAUGUCUUCUGUUGCGUGUCUGUGCAUGUUCUGCUCUUGUCCUCUUUCCAGAGGAGCGACAGAAACUAGAAUCCGAACUAGGAGAACAUAUCGAAAGCCUUUCGGAGCGUUACCACCAUGCUGCUAGGCGACUAAGCAGUACUAUCUCUCCAGGAAGAGGGGGCCUGAUACAGGUGCAGCAACUAUUCCUUACGGCCUGUUGGUUCAAGACCGAGGCACUGUUCGUCGAGUCGUGGCAUGCUCUUAGCUCUGCCAUCCACGAAGGUCAGGAAUUAGGCUUGCACAGAAAUUCUGCAAAAGUAGCUAUCACUGAGUUCGAGCACGAGAUGAGGAGGCGCAUGUGGUGCAUAUUGUGCGCCUGGGACUGGCAAAUGUCGCACCUGUUGUCUCGUCCCGUCAUUAUCAAUAACAAUAACCCUGUUGAGCCUCCCAAUCUCCGGCUGGAAAGCCCCGACUCCCAAAUCGAACUGCCGUCCCCGAUGACACAUAUGGCCUUACAGUGCCAGUUGGGCCAAAUGAUAUCAACAAUACCCGGCAUGAUGGAUGAAAGCCUGUCACCCAUGCAAUCUGUGCCUGUUCAAGAAGUAGUUGAGGAGUGGUUUGCUUCGUUACCGUCUGCCUUCCGGCUCAUGGACCCUGACGCUCGCUGGGAUAACACCCACAAAUUCGUGCCUAUGCAACGUCAUCAGCUGCAUGCUAUAGGCUAUAUGGUAAAGCUGAAGCCAUUAAAGCAAUGCCUAGUACAGAAUCUUGGCCAAGACACGCCCAGUGUCCAGAAAGGUCUCCAGUCAUCUGCCAUUGAUUACGCGCUCAAGCUGAUGGAUGCAUCUUAUCGAUUGCUGGCUUGUAUGCUGCCAAUGAACGCCAAAUUUCAUUUCGCACCUUUUUUGAUUUUUGAUACAGCCUCCUUGCUAUGCUCUGCUAUAAUUCACGAUCAUAGUCACUGUCUUCCUCAGCGAGAAACGAUUAUUCAAGCACUUGACGUAUCUGUCAACAUGCUAGACCUUGUGCGUACCACAAAAACGGGCGCUAUAUGCUACUCGAUCCUCACCAAGCUUAUUGACGGGCUUCCUAUAUCUUAUGUGGAAAGGAUGUCCAUUAAUUACAAACACUCUGAAGAGCUUGACGGAGAGCCUUGUACGACCUCGGAGAGUCAAUAUGGCUCGGCAUUGUUACGUGAUGAUGGCCUGUCUCUUACAAAUGGCACACACCUAAACAUAGCUGGUACGAGGAGUAGUGCGGUUCUGCCACUGCAGCUUGCAUCCUCCGAGGCAACGAACAGUGGAAUUGCUGAUGUAGCUAACAUAGACCUGGGAACCUUCAACCAGAUCUGGGAUUGGGGGAGCCUUGACCUUGACCUUUUUGACCCACAGCAGUCCUAAGGUUCUAGUCUUCCGAGACUCUUUAAAUGUACUUUAUCUAUACACCUAUGAGAACCGGGGCUGCUACAGUUAUGUAUACAACUGAUAAAGACUUGUAAAAUUACGCAUUGAGGAAUACCCGAUGAAGCCUUUGGAAACGCUGCCAGCUUAAUAAGGCUACGGUUCUUAGGGCAAGGCUAGUCCCGAAGUGGUUAGUAUCAUCCACACCCACAAGCGGAGACGCGAUUUUCUUUGCGGCGGGCGGC